CAAACAAACGCAGAUGCAUUGGCCGAAACGGUUGAGAACAAAGACGUUGGAGUGUGAAAGUGUAGUAUUUUGUGAUUACAGUAAUCUUGCCUUUCUUCUUGAGGCCAAUCCCGUCCACUUUAACACAUUUCCUGUUUGUGCUCGGGGUCCAACCAGCGGAGUGGAAGAGAAGAAGCUUGGUAGAGUUAAGAUGGCGGCGUGUGGGUGAGGAGGCUGGGAUCUAAACUCGAGGGUUUUCGCCAUUAAAACGAUUCAUAUGAAUCAACAUAUAUACAGUCAUCGAAAGAACAACAAUUUUCACAUCUUUCACACGUCUGUGUGUGACUUUGGAUUGACCCCAUGACAUCUAUACACUUCGUGGUUCACCCGUUGCCGGGGACAGAGGAUCAGCUCAAUGACAGGCUCCGCGAGGUCUCGGAGAAACUCAACAAGUACAGCUAUAACAGUCAUCCGCACCUUAGUCUGCUGGAGCAGGCCACCCUAAAACAGUGUGUUGUUGGUCCAAACCAUGCCGGAUUUCUCCUUGAGGAUGGACGCGUGUGCAGAAUCAGCUUCGCUGUCCAGCCCGACCGCCUGGAGCUCAGCAAACCGGAUGGCGGCGAUGUUUCAAAGUUGAGCAGUGGUUCAGGGACAGGAAGGAGCUCCAGGCCAGGCAGGACUAGUGAUCCGCCCUGGUUCCUGUCUGGCUCUGACACACUGGGCAGACUGGCAGGCAACACCCUGGGGAGUCGCUGGAGCUCUGGUGUGAACGGAGGCAGCGGAGGAGGCGGAAGUGGAGGUGGAGCUGGGGGAGGCGGAGCCGGGGGUGGCAGUAGUAGUGGUGGUGGCGGCAGUGGCGGCACUGGUGGUGGAGGCGGAGGCGGUGGCACGUCGGGGAGGUCGUCGACGGCAGCGCGUGAUUCCCGCAGACAGACCAGGGUGAUCCGUACAGGAAGGGACCGUGGUUCGGGCCUGCUGGGUAGUCAGCCUCAACCGGUCAUACCAGCUUCGGUCAUCCCUGAAGAACUUAUCACUCAGGCCCAGGUAGUCCUUCAGGGCAAGUCCAGAAGUGUGAUCAUUAGGGAACUCCAGCGGACCAACCUUGAUGUCAACCUCGCCGUCAACAACCUGCUGAGCCGGGAUGAUGAAGACGGAGAUGAUGGAGACGACACAGCCAGCGAGUCCUAUCUGCCUGGAGAGGAUCUGAUGUCCUUGUUGGAUGCAGACAUUCACUCCGCCCACCCCAGUGUGAUUAUUGAUGCUGAUGCAAUGUUCUCUGAGGAAAUCAGCUACUUUGGCUACCCCUCUUUUAGACGCUCCUCGCUGUCACGCCUGGGAUCCUCCAGAGUUCUCCUUCUUCCCUUAGAGCGCGACUCUGAGCUGUUGCGCGAGCGCGAGUCCGUGUUGAGGUUGCGCGAGCGCCGGUGGCUGGAUGGGGCCACGUUCGACGCGGAGCGAGGCUCCACCAGCCGCGAGGGCGAGCCCAGCUUGGACAAGAAGAACAUUCCGGUCCAGAGCCCUGUCUCCUUGGGAGAGGAGCUCCAGUGGUGGCCUGACAAGGAUGGUGUGAAGUUUGUGAGCAUCGGUGCCAUGUUUUCAGAGUUGGUGGCUGUCAGUUCCAAAGGAGAGCUGUAUCAGUGGAAGUGGAGCGACCCUGAACCCUACAGGAAUGCUCAGAGUUCUUCCGUUCACCACCCGCGGGUGUCUUUCCUGGGCUUGGCCAAUGAGAAGAUCACCCUAUUGUCUGCCAAUAGCAUCAGAGCCACUGUAGCCACAGAAACCAACAAGGUGGCAACCUGGGUGGACGACACACUGAGCACAGUGGCUUCUAAGCUGGAGCACAGUGCUCAGGCAUUCCCUGAGCUGCAGGGGGAACGUAUGGUGUCGCUGCACUGCUGCGCGCUCUACACAUGUGCUCAGUUGGAGAGUAGCCUCUACUGGUGGUGUAGCGGGAGUGUUCAUCAAAGUCACACGCAAAACAAUAGGGGUGUUGUGCCUUUUAGUCAACGGAAGAAGAUGCUUGAAAAGGCCAGAGCCAAGAACAAAAAGCCUAAGUCCAGCGCUGGCAUCUCCUCGAUACCAAACAUCACCGUGGGAACACAGGUGUGCUUGAGGAAUAACCCCCUCUACCACGCCGGCGCCGUGGCCUUCUCUGUCAAUGCUGGGAUUCCCAAAGUGGGCGUCCUGUUGGAGUCCGUCUGGAACAUGAACGACAGUUGCCGGUUCCAGCUGCGCUCACCAGAGAGCCUCAAGAACAUGGAGAAGACCACGAAGACCCAGGAAAUCAAGACGGAGACCAAGCCAGAGCUGGUGAAGACUGAGAUGGGUCCUCCUCCCUCCCCGGCAUCUACCUGCAGUGAUACCUCCUCCAUAGCUAGCAGUGCCUCGCUGCCCUACAAGCGAAGGCGUUCCACCCCAGCUCCCAAAGAGGAGGAGAAGGUGAACGAGGAGCAGUGGCCGCUCAGAGAGGUGGUGUUUGUGGAGGACGUUAAAAAUGUUCCUGUGGGAAAGGUACUUAAAGUGGAUGGCGCGUAUGUAGCUGUGAAGUUUCCAGGGACAUCCAGUAGCAUGAAUAACCAGACCACUGCUGCUCCCACCGACUCUGACCCAUCAUCCCUGUUGCAGGACUGCAGGCUCUUGAGAAUAGAUGAGCUACAGGUGGUCAAAACUGGUGGGACUCCUAAAGUUCCCGAUUGUUUUCAGCGCACACCUAAAAAGCUUUGUAUCCCAGAAAAAGCUGAGAUUCUGGCUGUGAAUGUUGACUCCAAAGGAGUUCACGCAGUGCUAAAAACCGGUAACUGGGUGAGGUACUGUAUCUUUGACCUGGCCACAGGCAAAGCCGAACAGGAGAAUAAUUUCCCCACCAGCAACUUGGCCUUCCUGGGCCAGAGUGAGCGCAAUGUUGCCAUUUUUACUGCAGGACAGGAAUCUCCCAUCAUCCUUCGAGAUGGAAACGGUACAAUCUACCCUAUGGCUAAAGAUUGCAUGGGUGGAAUUCGAGAUCCUGAUUGGUUGGACCUGCCUCCUAUAAACAGCCUGGGAAUGGGAGUGCACUCUCUUGCCAACCUCCCCUCUAACUCUACAAUUAAAAAGAAAGCUGCUAUUAUUAUUAUGGCUGUCGAGAAACAGACUCUGAUGCAGCACGUUCUGCGUUGUGACUACGAGGCGUGCCGGCUGUACCUGGUGAACCUUGAGCAGGCUUUCCUGUUGGAUCAGGGCGGCCAGACCCUCCGAGCCCUUUUGGAUCAUCGCUGCGAUGGGAACCGCAACAUCCUUCACGCGGCCGUCUCUGUGUGCUUCCCUGUUAGCAACAAGGAGACCAAAGAGGAGGAAGAAGCUGAAAGGUCGGAGAGAAACACAUUUGCAGAGCGUCUAUCUGCUGUGGAGGCAAUUGCCAACGCCAUCUCCGUGGUCUCAAGCAACAGUUCUGGGAAUCGGACGGGCUCUUCCAGCAGCAGAGGACUUCGGCUGAGGGAGAUGAUGCGGAGGUCUCUGAGAGCUGCAGGUCUCGGUCGUCACGAGUCCGGCCCGUCAUCCAGCGACCACCAAGACCCCGUUUCUCCGCCCAUUGCCCCACCAAGUUGGGUCCCUGACCCUCCACCCAUGGAUCCUGACGGUGACAUUGACUUCAUUCUAGCCCCAGCUGUGGGUUCACUCACCACCGCCUCCACUGGGACGAGCCAGGGACCCAGCACCUCCACCAUCCCAGGGCCGUCCACCGAGCCAUCAGUGGUUGAAUCUAAAGACAGGAAGGCCAAUGCCCACCUGAUCCUGAAGCUGAUGUGUGACAGUGUUGUUCUGAGGCCACACCUACGGGAGCUACUCUCUGCAAAGGAUGCCCGUGGAAUGACCCCCUUCAUGCUGGCAGUCAGCGGAAGAGCUUACCCGGCAGCCAUCACUGUACUGGAGGCUGCUCAGAAAAUGUCCAAGGUGGGUGACCCGGGCAUUGCAGAGAAGGAAGAUGCAGAUACUGUGUUCACGGAAAUGAUUUGCCCCUUGGGUACCAACCCUGAUGAUUCGCCCCUCUAUGUUCUCUGCUGCAACGACACCUGCAGUUUCACUUGGACCGGAGCUGAGCACAUUAACCAGGACAUCUUUGAGUGCCGGACCUGCGGUCUGCUCGAGUCCCUCUGCUGCUGCACUGAGUGUGCAAGGGUGUGUCACAAAGGACAUGACUGCAAGCUGAAGAGGACCUCUCCCACAGCAUACUGUGACUGUUGGGAGAAAUGUAAAUGUAAGACGCUGAUCGCCGGCCAGAAGGCCGCCCGUCUGGAUCUGCUGUACAGGUUACUCACAACCACCAACCUCGUCACAACACCCAACAGCAGGGGAGAGCAUAUAUUGUUGUUCCUGGUGCAGACUGUUGCCAGGCAGAGUGUUGAGCACUGUCAGUACAGACCACCACGCAUCAGAGAGGACAGGAAUCGCAAGGCUACAAACGCAGAGGACUCUGACAUGCCAGACCACGAUCUAGAACCUCCUCGCUUUGCUCAGCUGGCUCUGGAGAGGGUCCUGCAGGACUGGAAUGCACUGAAGUCUAUGAUCAUGUUUGGCUCCCAGGAGAAUAAAGACCCACUUAGUGCCAGCAGCAGAAUUGCCCACCUCCUGCCUGAAGAGCAGGUCUACCUGAACCAGCAGAGUGGCACCAUUCGCCUGGACUGUUUCACCCACUGCCUCAUUGUCAAGUGUGCUCCUGACAUCACUUUUAUAGACACCUUGCUAGGUACACUAGUAAAGGAGCUGCAGAACAAGUACACUCCUGGCCGGAGAGAAGAGGCAGUCACUGUGACCAGGAGGUUCCUGCGCUCUGUCGCCCGGGUGUUUGUCAUCCUCAGCGUGGAGAUGGCGUCAUCCAAGAAGAAAAACAACUUCAUCCCUCAGCCUAUUGGAAAAUGUCGGCGUGUUUUCCAAGCACUACAUCCCUACGCUGUGGAGGAGCUGUGUAAUGUAGCAGAGUCGCUGAUUGUGCCUGUGCGAAUGGGUAUCGCGAGGCCGACUGCUCCGUUCACUUUGGCCAGCACCAGCAUAGACGCCGUUCAGGGCAGCGAGGAGCUCUUCUCUGUGGAACCGCUGCCUCCAAGGCCUUCUCCUGACCAGUCCAGCAGCUCCAGUCAGACCGCUGCCUCUUAUAUCAUCAGGAACCCCCAGCCUCGGCGCAGCAGCCAGUCUCAGCCUACCAGAGGAAGAGACGAAGAGCAGGAUGACAUUGUGUCAGCAGAUGUGGAAGAGGUGGUUGAAGUUGUAGAAGGAGUAGCCGGUGAGGAAGACCAUCAUGAUGACCAAGAGGAACAGGGAGAGGAAAAUGCAGAAGCAGAAGGCCAGCAUGACGAGCACGACGAAGAUGGAAGCGACAUGGAGCUGGAUCUUCUGGCAGCGGCUGAAACGGAGAGCGACAGCGAAAGCAACCACAGCAAUCAAGAUAAUGCCAGCGGCCGCAGGAGUGUCGUCACGGCAGCCACAGCUGGCUCAGAAGCAGGCAGUAGGGUGUCCUUGGCAUUUCCUAUUUUUGGCGCCAGCAGUGUUCCGGCCUUCUUUUCAGAAGAUGACUCCCAGUCCAAUGACUCCAGCGACUCGGACAGCAGCAGCAGUCAGAGCGACGACGUCGACCAGGAGACGUUCCUGUUGGAUGAGCCGCUGGAAAGGACAACUACCGCCUCUCAUGCCAACAGUGCGGCCCAGGCUCCCCGCUCCAUGCAGUGGGCUGUUAGAAACACCCCCAGCCAGAGGGCCACAGGGAGCGCUCCCUCCAGCACGUCAACACCUGCUGCGAGCUCUACAGGCCUCAUCUACAUCGACCCAACUAACCUGCGUCGCUCUAGUGCCAUCAGUUCCAGUGCGGCGGCUGCGGCGGCAGCCCUUGAGGCCAGCAACUCGAGCAGCUAUCUGACAUCUGCCAGCAGCCUGGCCCGGGCCUACAGCAUCGUCAUAAGGCAGAUCUCGGACCUCAUGAGUCUAAUUCCCAAGUACAACCAACAGGUCUACACACAAUACCCUGCUGCUGUGAAGCUCACCUACCAGGAUGCUGUGAACCUGCAAAACUAUGUCGAAGAGAAGCUGAUUCCAACCUGGAACUGGAUGGUGUCGAUCAUGGACUCCACCGAGGCUCAGUUGCGAUACGGCUCUGCUCUGUCAUCGGCUGGAGACCCGGGUCACCCGAGUCACCCGCUCCACGCAUCUCAGCACUCUGCUCGCAGGGAGCGUAUAACAGCCCGGGAGGAGGCCAGCCUGCGCACCCUUGAGGGACGAAGGAGAGCGGCUACCUUGCUGACGGCUCGUCAGGGCAUGAUGUCGGCGCGGGGCGACUUCCUGAACUACGCGUUGUCCCUCAUGCGUUCCCACAACGAUGAGCACUCCGAUGUGCUGCCCGUGCUGGACGUGUGCUCCCUGAAACACGUGGCCUACGUUUUCCAGGCUCUUAUCUACUGGAUUAAAGCCAUGAACCAGCAGACCACGCUAGACACCCCCCAGAUGGACAGGAAGAGGAAUCGAGAGAUUUUGGAGCUGGGUUUGGACAAUGAGGAUUCUGAACAUGAGAACGACGAUGACACCAAUCAGAGUUCAACUCUCCAGGACAAGGAUGAGGAUCCAGUCCCAGCUGAGACGGGUCAGAACCACCCCUUCUUCCGUCGCUCUGACUCCAUGACCUUCCUGGGCUGCAUCCCACCCAACCCUUUCGAUGUUCCCCUGGCUGAGGCCAUCCCACUGGCAGACCAGCCUCAUCUCCUACAGCCUAAUGCCAGGAAGGAGGAUCUGUUCGGUCGGCCCUCUCAGGGCUUGUACUCGUCCUCCUACAUGGCUACCAAAGGCCUGGCUGACUCAAGCAUGGACAGGAACUGCCUGGAGGUAAACAUGGGCUCCUCUCUACCCUCCCCCUCUCAGAUCCUGCCCACAAAGAUGUCUUACUCAGCCAACCUGAAGAAUGUUAUGAGUAUGGAAACCGGCCAGCGGAGCACUGGGAACGAUUCACUGGCCGAGCAGGCGCUCGAGGCUUCAAAACCGGGCCCUUCACCCCAUGACCUCGCUGCCCAGCUGAAAAGCAGCCUACUUGCUGAGAUUGGCCUCACUGAAAGUGAUGGACCCCCCCUCUCAACAUUCAGACCUCACUGUAGUUUCAUGGGGAUGAUGAUAUCACAUGACAUGCUGCUCGGCCGCUGGCGUCUGUCACUGGAGCUGUUUGGUCGCGUGUUCAUGGAGGACGUCGGAGCCGAACCCGGAUCGAUCCUCACAGAACUAGGUGGCUUUGAGGUAAAGGAAUCCAAGUUCCGUCGGGAGAUGGAGAAGCUGAGGAACCUGCAGUCCCGUGACCUGGCCCUGGAGGUGGACCGCGAUCGGGACCAGCUGAUACAGCAGACCAUGCGUCAGCUCAACACCCACUUUGGCAGGCGCUGCGCAACCACACCCAUGGCUGUGCACAGAGUGAAGGUCACCUUCAAAGAUGAGCCGGGGGAAGGCAGCGGUGUGGCCCGCAGCUUCUACACGGCCAUCGCCUUGGCCCUCCUCUCUAACGACAAGCUGCCCAAUCUGGACUGUGUUCAGAGUGUCAGCAAGGGCAUGCAGGCCAGCAGUACGUGUCAUCACGAUUACAAUUCAAAUCUGAUGCAGCGCUUAAGAAACAGAGACCGGGAAAGGGAGCGGAGAAGCGGGGGGCUUCGAGCGGGAUCUCGUCGAGACAGAGACAGAGACUCGAGGAGGCAGCUGUCCAUAGACACUCGGCCUUUCAGGCCCUCGUCUGAGGGAAACCCCAGUGAUGAGCCUGACCCCCUGCCUGCACACAGACAGGCCCUGGGUGAAAGGCUCUACCCACGCGUUCACGCCAUGCAACCAGCGUUUGCCAGUAAAAUCACUGGCAUGUUGCUGGAGCUGUCCCCCGCCCAGCUGCUGCUGCUGCUCGCUAGUGAGGACUCUCUCCGAGCCAGGGUGGAGGAGGCCAUGGAGCUUCUCAUUGCACAUGGAAGGGAAAAUGGAGCCGACAGCAUAUUGGACUUGGGUCUUUUGGAGGCUCCAGAGAAAGCACAACAGCAGGAAAACCGUAAGCGUCAUGGUUCAACGCGCAGUGUGGUUGACAUGGAGCUGGAUGACCCAGACGAUGGGGACGACAACGCCCCUCUCUUCUACCAGCCUGGCAAAAGAGGUUUUUACUCCCCUCGGCCCGGGAAGAACACGGAAGCCCGGUUGAACUGCUUCCGUAACAUUGGCAGAAUAUUGGGCUUAUGUCUGCUUCAAAAUGAACUCUGUCCAAUCACAUUGAACAGACAUGUCAUCAAAGUGCUGCUUGGGAGGAAGGUGAACUGGCAUGACUUUGCAUUCUUUGACCCGGUCAUGUAUGAGAGCCUGCGGCAGCUGAUCCGCCAUUCUCAGGCCGGCGAAGCAGAUGCAGUGUUUGCUGCUAUGGACCUCGCCUUUGCCAUUGACCUCUGCAAAGAGGAAGGAGCUGGACAGGUGGAGCUUCUGUCCGGUGGGGUCAACAUGCCAGUGACCCCUCUGAACGUGUACGAGUACGUGAGGAAGUAUGCCGAGCACAGAAUGCUGGUUGUGGCCGAGCAGCCUCUUCAUGCAAUGAGGAAGGGUUUGCUGGAUGUACUUCCCAAAAACGCCCUGGAGGACCUGACUGCAGAGGACUUCCGGCUGCUGGUAAACGGCUGUGGAGAAGUCAAUGUCCAGAUGCUCAUUAGCUUCACCUCCUUCAAUGAUGAAUCUGGGGAAAAUGCAGACAAACUACUGCAGUUUAAACGCUGGUUUUGGUCCAUAGUGGAAAAGAUGAGCAUGACUGAGAGGCAAGAUUUGGUAUACUUCUGGACCUCCAGCCCGUCCCUGCCAGCCAGCGAGGAGGGCUUCCAGCCAAUGCCCUCCAUCACCAUCCGGCCUCCAGACGACCAGCACCUCCCCACAGCCAACACCUGCAUCUCACGUCUCUACGUGCCACUAUAUUCUUCAAAACAGAUACUCAAACAGAAACUCCUGCUAGCCAUUAAGACCAAAAACUUUGGUUUUGUGUAGAGGUUCAACAUAAGAGUUUAAAAAAAGGAAUACAAUUAAAACAUGUUUACUGUUGUGUAAUAUUUACCUAGCUCCAUUUUUGUAGAUUUAUUUUUUGUCUAUACAAUUUUAUGAAAUUCGACAUACUGUCAAAAUCUCCCCAGGCAGUAAUAUUUGUUUGUGUUGUGAACACAAACGGCUUGUUAUUUUUAUUUCAAUUUUUUUUUUAAUUUUUAUUUUGUGUUAAUGAAGAGGUAUACAGUCCAGAACAUUCCUGCAUUGGCACUGUAAAACAUAAAGCCCACACCCUGCUUUAUUGGCUUAAACUUUUGCUUCCCAGGAAUGUGGUUUGACAGAAAGCUGUCUGCCGAGACCCAGCCAAAGAUGACAGCAGUAGAAGUAUUUAAAAGAAGACACACUGUGAUUAUGUUUUUUCCUUCCCUAGAAAAGUACUAUCACUGACAGUUCACUGCUGCCUUGUGGAAAGUCCUUUUUCUUUUUUCUUUUUUUCUUGUACAGGGGGAGUAGGGAAUUUCAAAAUAAACUUGGAUGCAAAUAA